AUGGAUCUAAAACUUGCAAUUAUAGCAACAGGAGCGCAAACGUCUCAUCAUAAUCAAUUUGGUACUUUUGAGUGGAUACAGUUUCCAGUGACAGCCGAAGAAAAAAGUAAAAUUGCGACUGCUUUUUACAUUAAUCAUAAAAUUCCACCUGUUGUCGUUUGCGUUGAUGGAACGCACGUUAAGAUAAUUGCGCCAUCCGAAAAUAGUCAUCUAUACUACAACAGAAAGGGUUAUUACAGCUUAAAUGUUAUGCUGGUAUGUGACCAUGAAUUAAAAAUACGCUACGUCGACGCUUCUCAUCCGGGUGAUAGUCAUGAUUCGCUAAUUUGGAACGUUAGCGAAUUACGUUCACAUUAUGAGACACAAUUUUCAAACCACGAAAGAACUUUCUGGUUGUUAGGUGAUGCUGGAUAUCCGUUAGAACCAUGGCUUAUUACUCCUUAUCGGACGUCGAACCAAGCAGAAAUUAAGUUCAACGAAAUGCUUUCAUAA